AUGGACCCUGUAUCAAUAAUAGCGAGUAUCGCUGGAAUAGCGACAGCGGGUGUUCAGCUCUCCAAUACCUUGUUCCAUCUCACAAGAACAUAUCGCAAUGCUCCCAAAGAGGUUCGAUCAAUGGCAAUUGAGAUGUCAGGAUUGACGGUGACUCUGGAACAUCUACGCGAUAUCCUUACAACCGGCCACGCUUAUACAAAACCGUUGUUUUUCGAACAUGUCAAGAAUGUCAUCAAGAACAUCCAAUCAACUCAGCAGGAAAUACAAAAUCUCGCAAAGAGUGUCAAUGAUCAGCUUCUCUUUGCGAGAUUGAAGUGGUACAAGUCUAAGAGGCUGCUGUCAGAUAUCGACAAGCACAAGGUCACGUUGACUCUGCAAAUCACAAUUCUUUCUGCGGCAGUCUUGGUCAAGUCUACCAAUGGCUCUAUAAUGGCCAACGAGAAGGUCAACAAUAGGUUCAAGGUACAAGCCGAGAGCCUUAUUCAAGCUGGCCAAGCCUCGCUCCAGGCUGACAAGGCAUCGCGUCCCAAACCAGACCCCCCUGAAGAAAGAGCACCAAGUCCACCUGUUCGCACUACAAAAAGACUGCCAAGUCCAGUGCGCCAGUCGAAAAUUCACGUACGGACAGAGGAUUUGUAUGGCCAAUCGAGUACAAUGAGAGAUACUCUCAAUGUGACUGAGGAGGGUGGAGAUGAAAGCUAUUCCGUUGUAGCUCGAACCUCGAAAGCGCCCGAAGAUCCUAGCCGCGAUGUGCAUGCUGGCAUCAAGCAUGAAGAAAGUGAUAUAAUAUCAGAAUGGGGAGGUGAAGGAGAAGACGGAGAGAGAAAGCGCGGAAGAAGUACGGGUUUUGACCCGCUCUCUGGCAAACUUGCCCAAUUUGGUCGAGACUUUCACCUUCGUGGCGAUGCAGCUACGUUUCUGUACAAGCUGGUCUACUUAGACGAAGUAGUAACCUACUCACCGACACCGCACGACGAGGGAUCCGGCUUGGAGACUGAAGAAAGUUUAUAUUCAGACUCGGACUCUUUGCGACCCCGUCGUCGAGUGAGUUACAAGGUCCCGUCAAGACACGUAAACCCUGAGCGCCAGGAGCCAAACAGAGUCGUCCAUCAGCUACUCCUAGCAUGGACAUCACUGAGUGAAAAUGAGAUAGAGAAGGGCAGUUCAGAUUCUCGCCCUAACACAAGAGAGAAUCCUGCGCGACAAGCAUACGUUGUAAGCGAAGAUGAAGAUGAAGAUGAGGAUGAAGAUGAGGAUGAAGAGGAUAAUGAAAGUGUUCAAACAACCUUUUCAAGGCCCGAGAGCCCCCAUGCCUCAGAACAUGUGACAUACAACGUUCCAGAAUACGAUUCCAGCGGAAGACACAUACAACGACCCAAUCAAACUAACAAGAAUGUCCGUAAUGAAGCUUACAGACGCCCACAUUUUGGUGACCCAGAAAGUGGACAGUUCCCCUACAUCAAAUAUAGUCAGCACUGGCCUUCUGCUCAAACUGGGAACGCCUACAAGCAAACAGCCUCGAGUCAAUCAUACUCAGACUCACCAGGACUUACUCCACUACCACCAACGGCAUUCGCAUAUACAUCACCCCCAGAAGCACCAAUACCUGUUCAGAGUGCAAGACCAGAACCGAAGCCUCAUGUGGUUAUUCUCCCUCAUGCAGACCCAGCCAAUUCAGAAACCGGACCAACAACUCCCAAACUCGACAUUGCACCGUGUCUCAACAUGAGCAUCGUCAGACAGGAUGAAAUUCCGAUGUGGAACUGCGAUAGAUUUACGUCUCAGCAUGGAAUUCCAGGCAAAGCGAUCAUGGGUGCUCUCGCUGGGGAUAACAACCUACGUGCGAUGGAUCUCGCGCAUACUUUGGUGAAAGGCCAGAAUUUGGAGCUCGUGUAUAUUCGAGGAAACGACCUUGGAGAGACAUGGUUCAUCAAUGAACGACCAGUGUUUCUACAGUUUCUCCACUGCGGAUAUCUACCCCAGUUUUACCCAGCCAAGGAAGGCGACGAUAUAGCUAUGCAACAAGAAUAUGUUGCCAUCGGUGAAGAAUGGGCCAGCUUCGAAGCGUUGAAUCUCCUCGGACUAUCUGUCAAAAGUCGAAAAGAGGGGAGGGUUUUCCUGGAUCCAAACACCAGCUGGUCCAUGAUUGACGAACUCGCCAUUACAACGCUGCAGUUGAGAUGCAUGCGUCAGAGACGGGCAUACAACCCGAUGUUUUAUAACUCGAUAGCCACAUUCCGACAGAAACACUGCGAAGUUGCACUACCACUGUGUAUUGCAAUACCAGAGACAGAAAUCCUACCGUCAACGACGCUAGAGCUGCAACCCAUUACUGAUGAUCAUAAAAAAGAAGUCGAUGUCUUGAGCUUUCUAGUCAAAGAGGAACCGCCUAAAGUACAAGAAGAAGUCAACAGAACUAGAAACAACACACAAUCGAGCAAAAUUCAACCGCAAAUCUCUAUCACGCCGCCACCUACACCGAAGGAGGCCCAAACGGCUGAGUUUGAUGCGAGCGAAGUAGCUUCCAACGUCUCUUCUAGGUCUCGUUUCUCCAAGUUUGUGAAGCGCUACAAGUCUGGGCGCAAACCUGAUCGCUUGCCUCUUCCUCUGCCGAGCUAUGGUUCGAAGACUAGUAGGGGCCAUGCGGCCUAUGUAGAGUCGGAAGAUGAGGAUAAGAGACCAUUGACGCCGACAGAUUCUGGUGUUGGAAGUUCAAUUACCUAA